GCCUCGGGGGCGCGGGCGGACCGGACGGGGGGCCCGGGUCCCACACCUCCAGCCAGUGCCCGUUGGCGUUGGCGCUGGGUCAGUUACGGAGCUGCGUGCCCCUCCCCAUCCAUACGCUGGGGCUCGUGGUAGCACCUGCCCCCUAGAGGUUACAUCAGAUAGAGCACCUGGAUGCCUCUGCCUGGCGGCAGGCCUUGAAUCAGCGUCCCACUGUCCCUGGAUGCGUGGACAUGCAGUAGACGGCUGGGAGCCCUCUGUGGCCUGCCAGCGCCAUUGCAGGCCCGGUCCCCAGCCCUGCCGGAGACAGAUCAUCAAAACACAGUCCAGCGAGUCCAUGAGGGAUGGAGAGCAGGGAGGGGGCUGUUUCAGACAGGUCUCGAGCAGAGGAUGACGAGGGAGGGAGGGAGGGAGACAGACACAGAAAGUUCCAGAGGGACGGGGCUCUUGGCAGAGAGAAUAGCGGUCCUGUACCCUGUGACGGCCAAAUGACCGUCUCAGUAACAAAGCACUACACCGGGUGGCUUUAAAAAACAACAAAAAUGCAUUCUUUCACAGUUCCGGAAGCCAGAAGUCCAAAAACAAGUUGUCGGCAGGGCCGCGCUCCCUCCGAAGGCUCUGGGGCGAGCCCUUCCCGCCUCUGCCUGCUUCCGGCGGUGGCGGGCCCCCCUCGGCUUGUAGGCGCAUCGCUCCAGCCUCUGCUUCUGUCUUCAUGUCUGUUGUCUUCUCUCGGCCUCUGUCUGCACUUGGCCGUCUCCUCUCUGUCUGCGUUCCGAUUCCUCUCUCGUAAGGACGCGGUCGCGGAGUGAGGCCCGCCCUAACGCGGUGUAAAGGUGCCGUCCUUCAAACGUGCAACGCCACAAGGGAUACCAUUUGUGCCCCAGAAACGAACCCAGAGCCAGACCCAAGUUCUUCAUUUUCAUGCCGUCCAGUCUGUCGUCACUUUCCCGCGUGGUUGGCGCUCUGCUCGUCCCGAGAGGAUGGCUCGCGUGGCCUGCCCGAAGCGUUAUGGCUUCACCGUUCUCGCUUCCUUUCGCGAACGAGCCUGGAAAGGAUGUUUUCGCGGUGCGAGGAAACCCACAAGUGUACUGGUUCCACAUUAUUCUAGUAGUCUUCGUCGUCGUCGUCAUGGUCAUCCACAUCGUCGUCAUUGUCUGUAAAAAGCGUACGCAGAUUUCCCAGCGGCUUGUCAGUUUCUUGAAACAAAAGUCGAGUGAGCAAGGCUGCCACUCACCUAGAAGCCUCCAGCCCAACGAGAUACCGCAAACCAUGGACCCUGAGAGGGGCGCCCCCGGCGUGGAGACCGCACCGCUGCUGGAGGAGCGGGCCUCGGCCUUGGCGCCCGCGGCCGGCACGCGCCCGGAGCCCGCAGAGGACCCGGAAGACGGCAUCGAGCUGCAGGUGCUGGUGGUCCGAGGAGGUCAGGCAGCCCCAGAGCAGGCGCUGCAGACCUGUGCUCCCGCUGCCCGUGGGCCGCAGGCCCCGGCUGAGGCUUCUCCCUCCCUCGAGAGUUUGGAGGAGGAAUAUAAACGCAUGUUUAGUCUGGAGAACACGUUCUCCGAUGACGACAUGAAGAUCUAUUUUGCAUUCGAACAUAGCAUUCCAGAAAAAGACUGGAAGAUGUUUAUGAGGUUGGUCGGACUUAAAGAAACUGACAUCGAGAUUUGUGAACAUGAAAAUCCAAGAGACUUGAUGGAACAGCAUUAUCAGAUGCUUCGCCGGUGGAAGGGCACGCAAGGGAAGGGAGCGUCUAUGUUUAAACUCAUGGCUGCCCUCCAUAAAAUGGAGCUACAAACAUAUUUGCAAAAUAUUAUAAAUAAGUUGGUUGCCGAAAAGAUUUUAGUUAAGCGUGCAGAGGCCUCAAAUUAAACUUUUUGGCAUGGGAUUGUUAACUAAGCAGUAUCCUACAUGGACAAUUUUGAUCCCAUUGCAGACUUUCUGAAUCUCAAGUGGGGCUGAGCCUCUAUCAAAAUAGAAUCUAUGUAAAGAUUCCAAUGAAGAGGUCAGUUUUGAGUGCAGGCAAGAGCACACUUCUCUGCCAGAGCAAGGCGAGUUGAGGGUGCUGCCUGUAGCCCUUACGGCAGAGAUGGGCUGCUCUCAGUGGAUUCCGGGGGGUGUGAGCCUGUGGGGGCCUGCUUCUUGUGCUGGGUGGGCUCACGUUCCUCGGAACUUUUUCCAAGGUGCUGAGGCCAGGAUGGUGUGGUGCUUGUCUUUCUGCUUCCACCAACUCCUUGACCUCAGAGUUACUGUGAUUUCCCCAUGACCUACAGGGUGUGGCAUUGACCGGGCGUGCCAUAUAUAUGUAUGAGGAAAUUUCAUGGCAGGCAACCGGCUAGCCACUCUGAGCUCACAGAUCUAGUUAUAUCUGACACCACGAUCAGACCAUCCCUUGGGUCUUCUGUCUGAGAGUAAGACUGGACUGAGACUAGACCCCACCUUAAACCAGAGGUUGGGCGUGGUGACAGACCUUUUUUAAGUGCUUCAAACGUGUACAUAUUUUUGUGAAGGAUGUUCUUUUUAGUAAAAGAUUGUAUAACUUAAUCACGUAUUUAUAGUUUUCUUUACCUAAUAAAAUUUGUGUCUUAAACAGUG